ACUUCUACGUCACCCGAGCAAUGUGGGCGUGAGGCACAAAAAAGCCAGAGCGUCCUCACUUAAUGGGCUGCGCCGCUCCUGCGCUCAUCCUCAGGCUCCCCGUGCGCGCCGACGGGCUCCGGGAGACGCGGGAGACGCGGAAGACGCGAGGACACGGCCGCUGUCGCUGUCGCUGUCGCCGGACGCCGCGGCGAUGCGCGAUGCGCAACAUUUGCUGCACUUUUCCUCUCCACUCAUUUAAGAUGCGCAAACUCCGAUGGUUUUACUGAACGUAGGAUGGGAUUAACUCUGACCGGCACAUCUACCGCGCUGUUUCUUGCUGUGCACUUGGUGUAUCUGCUUCGAGAGGUGGGCGCUGCAGGGAAAUGUGACACUGUGUUCAAAGGCUUCUCGGACUGCCUGCUCAGACUGGGCGAAAACAUGGUGAAUUACCCCCAGGAGCUGGACGAGCGAGAAAACCUACAGACCAUCUGUUCGUACUGGGAUGACUUCCACUCCUGUGCCACCACCGCCCUCGCGGACUGCCAGGAAGGGGCGACGGAGCUGUGGGAAAAACUGAAAAAAGAGUCGAGGAACCUGGAGUUUCGUGGCAGUCUGUUCGAACUGUGCGGAGGAGGAAAUGGGGCCUCCAGGCCGGGGGGGCAUCCCGGUGACACCCUACUUCUAACGGCACUCCUCACGCUGGUGACAUGGCUGGCUUUUUAGGAAAAGGAAAAAAGAAGAGGUGGGGAAAAGGAGAACAAGAAAGAGGAAGAAAAGACUAUACCA